AUGAUGUCUUAUCUAAAGCAACCGCCUUAUGCAGUCAAUGGUCUGAGUCUGACCACUUCGGGUAUGGACUUGCUGCAUCCCUCCGUGGGGUACCCGGGGCCCUGGGCUUCUUGUCCUGCAGCCACCCCCCGGAAACAGCGGCGGGAGAGGACUACAUUCACCAGGGCACAGCUGGACGUGUUGGAAGCUCUAUUUGCCAAGACCCGGUACCCAGACAUCUUCAUGCGAGAAGAGGUGGCGCUGAAAAUCAACUUGCCCGAGUCCAGGGUACAGGUCUGGUUUAAGAACCGAAGAGCUAAGUGCCGCCAACAACAGCAGCAGCAACAGAAUGGAGGUCAAAACAAAGUGAGACCUGCCAAAAAGAAGGCCUCUCCAGCUCGGGAAGUGAGUUCUGAGAGUGGAACCAGUGGCCAGUUCACUCCCCCCUCUAGUACCUCAGUCCCAACCAUUGCCAGCAGCAGUGCUCCUGUGUCUAUCUGGAGCCCGGCUUCCAUCUCCCCACUGUCAGACCCCCUGUCCACCUCCUCCUCCUGCAUGCAAAGGUCCUAUCCUAUGACCUACACUCAGGCUUCAGGUUAUAGUCAAGGAUAUGCUGGCUCAACUUCCUACUUUGGGGGCAUGGACUGUGGAUCUUAUUUGACCCCUAUGCAUCACCAGCUUCCUGGACCGGGGGCCACACUCAGUCCCAUGGGUACCAAUGCAGUUACCAGCCAUCUCAAUCAGUCCCCAGCUUCUCUUUCCACCCAGGGAUAUGGAGCUUCAAGCUUGGGUUUUAACUCAACCACUGAUUGCUUGGAUUAUAAGGACCAAACUGCCUCCUGGAAGCUUAACUUCAAUGCUGACUGCUUGGAUUAUAAAGAUCAGACAUCCUCGUGGAAAUUCCAGGUUUUGUGA